AUAAAUCGGUGCCCCCAAAUCUGAUGGCAUCAUUCUAGCCCCAUACUUUAGAGAGAGAAAGGCACUCACUCUACACUGUUUAAAGAAGAUAGCCCUGCCUCAGCUUCAUCACACCUCUCUCUCUAGCUUCUGCAAACUCCAAUGGGAGAGGAGGAGAAGAAGCCCGCCGCUGAAGCGAAAAAACCUGCUGAAAGUAAAGAGGACCCGCCCAGCGCCGCCUCCGGAGAUGAGAAGAAGGUCGAGGCUCCGGCGGAAGAAUCCAAAGAGCCGCCGCCGCCUCCAGAGAUUGUGUUGAGAGUUUUCAUGCAUUGCGAAGGCUGCGCUCGGAAAGUCCGACGCUGCCUUAAAGAUUUCGAUGGAGUUGAAGAUGUGUUGACUGAUUACAAGACCCAUAAGGUUGUAGUGAAAGGGGAAAAAGCAGAUCCGCUGAAGGUGUUAGAGAGGGUGCAGAAGAAGAGCCACCGCCAGGUGGAGCUCCUAUCUCCCAUCCCCAAGCCACCGCCGGCAGAGGAGGAGCCUAAGAAGCCGCCGGAGGAGGUUGCUAAGCCGGAGGAGAAAAAGCCAGAGGUGAUUGCAGUCGUUUUGAAAGCUCACAUGCAUUGCGAGGCUUGUGCUGAAGCCAUCAAAAGGAAGAUUUUGAGAAUGAAAGGAGUGGAGAGUGUGGAACCUGACUUCAAGAGCUCGCAAGUCACGGUGAAUGGCGUUUUUGAUCCGGAGAGCUUAGUAGACUAUGUGGUCAAGAAGACGGGCAAACGAGCGGUGGUGGUGAAGGUGGAGCCGAAGAAGGAAGAGAAGAAGACGGAGGAAGGCAAAGAGGAGAAAAAAGACGACGAGAAAAAAGCAGGAGACGAGAGUGGGGAAAAGAAGGAGGGCGAAGAAGGGACGACGACCGACAACGCAGGGGAGAAGAAAGAGGAGGGUGAAGUUGUUCAUCAAGAAGACCCAAAGUUGGAACUGAGAAAGCAUGAGCUCUACUACUAUUACCCCGCUCAAAGCCAUUACCAAGUGAAUCCUCACCCUCACCAACAAAGGUUUGCCCAGGAGGUAUAUGGGUAUGGUUACCCAAAUAUGUUCAGUGAUGAGAACCCCAAUGCAUGUUCUGUAAUGUAAAUGAUGAUGAUGAUGAUGUGGAAAGAAUGGCAUUUGAUCCUUUGGGGCCAUUUGGUCAUUGGCUGGUUGUGCCCUGCAUGUGGCCCUGUCUGGGUCAUUCAGUAGAAGUAGUUAAUGUAAUGUCUGCAACCAGUACUGUAGAAUUUUGUGAGUUUUUUUUUUUUCUUCCUUUCUUUCUUGUCCUCCUUUUCUUUUCUUCAUUAUAAUAAUGUUAUAAUGGGUGCUCCAUACCGGAAAUGGACAGAGAGGUAACGCAUUAUAGUACAUGGUACUACAGCAUAUGACUAGAUUAUGCCCCUCCAUUUUUGCAUAUUGUGUGUACUUGCAAAGUUGCAACUUGCUGACAUUCAACAAAACAUAAUGAGAGAGAGGGAGGGGGAGGGGACUAAAAGGGAAAAGUGACCUUACACCUCCAAUUAUUGACAAGUGCAUUCAAGGUCACUAACUAUUUAAAUCAUGAAUGAAUCGUACAAAAUGGGUCAUGGGUGGGUAAUGACUAACUACCGAUCAGCCAGUAAUUGAGAAAGUUGUAAUUAUGCUUCCGUUUAAAACGUACCGAUGCCGUCCAUGGUUAGAGUGGGGCGUAGCCACGAGGGGCUAAGUCAGCUAUGGGCCCACUCAAAUUUACUGAAAACAAUGUAACCUUUGGUUAAAUUUGUCUCAUCUUUCUUUUUCAGUUCAUUCUAAGAUUGUUAAAGUCCGUUUGGUUUGAAAUCUUCUUAUUUAUUCUAACUUUAUUAUUAAUUCAACAUCAAUCACACAAAUUCAUUUUCUUAACAACUGUACCAUAUCAUCAUGUCUCAAUGUUAGUGACUGUUGGGUAAAUGGCCCCAACAGGGGUUCGGCCCAAUCACCCCCAAACCGAUGUACGUCGCCUAGCCCACGGGUGACCUUAGCCCAGAGGAGAUAGGACGAACGUCGGUUUCCCGGAUAGCGGACGAGGUCCCUGCCGAGGGUCAAUUAGCAUAUUUCCGACGAACGUCGUCAGCCGAGGCCCAUCCCUGUAGAUGGUCCAAAUCCAGAAGAUCGUUUCACUCUAUCAAGGGCCGCAGACGAGCGGCCCCCAGCCUUCCAUCGCCUGCUGAGAGUUGCCCUCAGUUCUACCAGACGAUCAUGGUCAGGAAUUAGGCGGGGAACCCAGAUUCUGGCGGGAAGCGCAUUUAAUGCUGGAGAUUUGGUGGUUGGACCACAGCCACUAACAAUCCUCCACGUCAUCAGGAAUAACUGCCCAUUGGCGGGUAUAAAUAGUAGCAUUUAUUUCAUUGUAAAGGGUUGACAACUUUCUAUUCCCAG